CGUUGUUAUCUCCAGCUCCACCGGAUUUUUCCUCUUUAAAUUGCUGCCGUUUGGCUACAUGCCAUUGGACAGGUUCCUCUCGGUUAAGCAACGUCUUCGAUACAAUUCGCACGAUUCACUUCCUCUCCUCAGCAGAGGGAAACAGUUCGCUUCAAACUGAAAGAAAGUGGGGCUAGUGCCAGCGUGAAGUCCGUGCGUUCACUUGUGGAAAGACCCUCAGUUCAGAAAUGGUAAAGUGGUUCCUUCUCCAACUGGUUUUCGCCUUGGUGCUGGGAACAGGACAAGCUGAUUCCACCUGCAGUCCCACAAAUGCGGGAUCAACUUGCCAGGAAUGCAUCAAUUUAGGACCUGGCUGCGCCUGGUGUAAGGCAGUGAAUUUCACAAAGGCUGGAGAGCCAAAUUCUGCACGGUGUGAUUCUGUGAAAUCCCUUGAGAAGAGAGGUUGUCAAAAAAUGGAGAUUAUCAACCCACUAAACGACAUGGAAUUGCAAAUGGACAAACCACUUGUUAAUUCUCUAACUAAUGUGAUACAGAUAAAACCACAGAAAGUUAAACUCUUUCUUCGACGAGGCAGUCCACAGAAAAUCGAAGUGAAGUUUAAGCGUGCUGAAGGUUACCCUGUGGACUUAUACUACCUCAUGGACCUGUCCUACUCCAUGAAAGAUGAUCUGGAGAAUGUGAAGAGACUGGGAGGAAAGCUUCUGGAAGCACUGACGAGUAUUACAAAGUCCAGCAAAAUUGGAUUUGGUUCCUUUGUGGACAAGACAGUCCUGCCAUUUGUCAAUACGCAUCCGGAGAAGAUGAAAAAUCCAUGCCCAACUAAAAAUGAGGCGUGUCAGCGUCCCUUUAAUUUUCGGCAUGUUCUGAAGUUAACAGAUGAUUCGAAUCUAUUCACUUCUGAAGUUGGGAAGCAAUCUAUUUCAGGGAACCUGGAUCCACCAGAGGCCGGACUAGAUGCCAUGAUGCAAGCGGCAGUGUGCGUGGACCAGAUAGGAUGGCGCAAUGUCACACGCCUUCUUGUAUACACUUCAGAUGAUGGAUUUCAUUUUGCUGGAGAUGGGAAACUUGGAGCAAUUCUGACCCCUAAUGAUGGCAAAUGCCAUCUUGACAGAGAUGGUUUUUAUGCAGAUAACACUAAAUAUGACUAUCCCUCUGUUGCCGAGUUAGCUUUGAAGUUGGCUGAAAAUAACAUUCAACCCAUUUUUGCAGUCACAGGAAAAAUAAUGCCAGUAUACCGGGAGCUGAGUGAAAUGAUUCCAAAAUCUGCAGUAGGUGAACUGAACGCAGAUUCCAGUAAUGUGGUUCAGCUGAUAACUGCUGCCUAUAAUAAUCUAUCUUCCACAGUGAUAUUAGCACACAAAACCCUGCCAGAUGGAGUCCAUAUCUCUUAUACAUCACAUUGCAGUGAUGGCGAUAUCACGAGUGAAAAAGAAGGAACUUGUUCAAAUGUGAAGAUUAAUGAGGAGAUACGUUUCACAAUUACAGUUACUGCACACAAAUGCCUGACCAGUAAACAGUCCUUUGAGAUUCGACCUUUGGGCUUCACUGAGAAGUUGGAAAUUACACUGCAAAUGCGGUGUGACUGUAAAUGUGACGACAAACCUGACUUGUCUCCUUAUUGCAACAAUAAGGGUCAAAUCAAGUGUGGUGUAUGCAGCUGCACAGAAGAUCGAAUUGGCAAGUUCUGUGAGUGUGAUCCUGGUCAGCGUUCCACGCAAGACCUGGAUGCAGCUUGCCGUAAGGACAACUCCUCAGCAACCUGCAGUAACCAGGGAGACUGUGUAUGCGGUGCUUGCAUUUGCCACACUAACCCCAAUAAGAAAAUAUAUGGCCAGUACUGUCAGUGCGAUGACCAGAACUGUGAGCGAAACCUGGGUAAACUGUGUGCUGGUCAUGGUUCGUGCGAUUGUGGUAAAUGUAUCUGUGAGAAAGGCUUUGGAGGAACUGCGUGCGAGUGCGCAGAUGCUGAUGAACAAUGCAAGGAGACCAGAAAUAGCACUACCUGCAGUGGAAGAGGAAAAUGCGUAUGUAACCAGUGUAAAUGUAUUGCCGGUUAUCAGCCCCCAUUCUGCACACAAUGCCCUGGCUGUCCAUCUGCAUGCCCCACCUAUGUGCCCUGCAUUGAGUGUCUUGGAUUUUCGAGUGGCCCAUUUAAGGAAAACUGCUCUGUUGCAUGUAACAAUAUAAAACAUGAGUUAAAGGAAGAACUGGAAGAAGAGAAUGCAUGUAAAGAGAAAGACUCCAAGAACUGCUGGAUGAAUUUUGUGAUGAAGGAGUUAGAUGGGGUUUCACAGUAUCAUGUGCUUAUCAAGAAGCAAACAGAAUGCCCUAAGCCUCCAAAUGUCAUAGCUAUUGUUGCUGGUGGAGUGGUUGGUGUGCUUUUGAUUGGAUUGGCGAUUCUCCUGAUCUGGAAACUGGUGACUGAACUCUACGACAGAAGAGAAUAUAAAAAAUUUGAAAAGGAGCGAGCAAAAUCAAAGUGGAAUGACGCUGACAAUCCAUUGUUUCAGAAGGCAACCACCACUGUUUAUAAUCCCAACUUCAAUGAAGACUGAAGAUUUGAAUGGAGUGAAAAAUGAUUUCAUGUGUUUUGCAUCAACAAAGUCUGUGUGUUUAAAGAAUGAACUUUCCUCUUUAUUUUGUAUACCCUUUGUGAACUAAUUUGUUUAUACUUCAUAACUGAGCAGAAGAUGCAAUGAGGAGGAGUUUCAACCCUCAAACUUUCCUGGGUUCUCCACUCUAAUCUUCAUCUCACAAUUCCUGGCCUCCCUUAUCUUCCUUUGGCCUUUCUUGGGGAUGGUGCUGAUGGCCCAUUUGCCUGAUAGGUGGCUGGUCUCUCAACUUUGCUGGCUGUGGCCAAGGAAUGGAGAUGAAAAGUAAUUAUGAGAUUCUGCAUUAAUUUCAGAAGGACCUUAAUGAAAUGUGUUCUUCUGUUGAUUGCAAUUCUCUGACCAGGAACCCUUCUGCAUUGUCCUGCCACCAUAUGAAUAUCCAACCCAAAAAUCUGAAUAGUAGAUGAAAACUGUUCUUCUGAAGGUACACUGCAUGUGGGUUGGUUCAUUAUUGCCAUUUUCAGCCUGUAGUAACAGGCAAAAGUGAGGAUGGCUAAUAUAAAAAUAACUGGAGCAAAUUUCAAACAAUUAAAAUUACUAUUCAGUUUGAAACCCAGGUCACUACUAGAUUUUGAUUGAUAACUAGUAAGGUUUAUGCCAAUACCAGACACACAGGUAUUGAUUACCAAUCAUUAAUUGUAAAUUGACAGCAUUUGUAUCAGUUGCUAAUGCCAAUGCAUGAGUAGCCAGUUUCAAAGCAUCAAUACCUGUCUCAAAUGCCAAUGCCAGCUUUUCAUUCCCCAUUUAGCUACUCGUGACUGAGUCAGGUGUGCAAGUAAUUGCUUGACAGCUUAUUUUGAACAUUCUCACUGCUGUGUUUGAAACUAGAAAGUUUAUAAAAGUUGUGUUAUUUUCUCCGAUAGUUUGAUGGUUAUUUUAUGAUAAGUUAAACACAAAAUAAGAUCGAAUUAAUUGUAGAUUGUUGAAAAAUAACAAUCUUGUUCUAUAUCAGUAUAAGUGGAUCCAUGAAAAAUAAGACCUCCGAAGACCUUUGUAUCUCAUCUCUGGUGGUUCCACCUGCGUUGCUUUUUUAUUACCGAUAUAUCUCUCUGGUGAGUGAAUGAGAAACACACCUUGGUUUUGUUACUGUUAAUAGCAACAAUUAGUAUUACCACUAUUUGUGUUCAGAUAAUAGAGCAUUUGAUUUGAUAUUUUUAAAAAUUUCACGAACCACACAAGCACAGUCUCAGUUCAUGUAUCUGUCAAGGGCAUCUUUAGAGAGGCAACAGCAAUUUUAUUUAAUUUCUUUAUACUUUUGUUUGAAUGCAAACAAUUGCAGAUUAAGUGUAGGAAGUGAUCGGUUGCCAGUGCUGUAAAACUACUUCCAUCGGUGCUAUGUAAAAUAUGGUGUAUAACUUGCACUCAGGCAUGCAACUUGCAAUCCAGUGCAGAAGUGUAUAUAACACAAAGCAACUCAUGGUUUUAAAACAAUUGCUGUUCAACUUACAGGAGUUCAGGAACAAUUUAUUGGUUGUGAAUGUUUUAGAGAUUCACAGUUAAAUUGAUCCACUCAAGGUAAUCUGGAUCAAAGGUUUAAGUUAUGAAAUUGAGAUAUGUGAGGAAAGUCCUCAGAAUUGAGUGAGUUGGUGUCCACAUUUUAAUCAGUGUAGAAAUUGGAUGCAUGAUGAGUAGAUGUAAUAGUUUAGCUUAGCCAUUGUGAAGUUUGCAAUUGCACUUUUGUACAGAAGCAGGCGUGCGUGUAUUUGAUUGCAUAAAACUCUUGAUGACUGUUCUAGAUAAUUCACAGCAGACACAGCCCCGAGUUAAACAUAUUAACUGAGGUAUGCAUCAUCUGCUCCCUUCUUUGAUGCGUAAAUUGUUUGACUUCAGGGAUAUUGCAAGGAGAGAGGCUCUGAACAGAAAAGAUAAUCCCCAUUCCAUCAUCACUGACUUGUCCAUCGACUUUGUAUGAGUAUAGGCUUAAUCACAGUUUUGAAAGCAUGGCGUCCCAGUUUAAUCCAAAUACAUAUCUGACACCAUAUCCUGUAUGGUGAGAAAAUUACCCUCUUCAGCCUCCAUUUUAUUAUCCAUCCAGUAAGCACCAAUUAAAACAAUGAAAUGUGUCUCUCCUCCUCUAUUAUACAAUGUUAUCUUUUUCACUCUUCACAAGCCAUAAACUGAAGCUUAUCUAAAAUGUUGCUGCUGUAUUCUUUUCCCAAAUAAAUAUACACAGAUAUAUUACUCUAAUCCAACCAACUCUGCCAGAGUACAAGGGAGUACAUUUAGGACAAAGAUAAGGAUGAACUUUUCUCCCUGAAUCUGUAAAAUUCUUCACCACAGAGGGCUGUUAAGACUGGGUCAUUAAGUAUAUUUAAAGCUAAGGUACUCUGCUUUCUAAUCACUAAGGGAAUCUAGGGAUCAAGGUAGGAAAGAGGGAUUCAGGAUGAAUAGAUCAGCAGUAAUCUCAUUGAAUGUUGGAGCUGACUUGAUGGACCUUAUGUUUUGUACCACAAAACGAGAGACCACUCUCUCCGUGACUCCCUUGUUCGCUCCACACUGCCCUCCAACCCCACCACACCUGGCACCUUCCCCUGCAACUGCAGGAAAUGCUACACUUGCCCCCACACCACCUCCCUCACCCCUAUCCCAGGCCCCAAGAUGACAUUCCACAUUAAGCAGAGGUUCACCUGCACAUCUGCCAAUGUGGUAUACUGCAUCCACUGUACCCGGUCCGGCUUCCUCUACAUUGGGGAAACCAAGCGGAGGCUUGGGGACCGCUUUGCAGAACACCUCCGCUCAGUUCGCAACAAACAACUGCACCUCCCAGUCGCAAACAAUUUCCACUCCCCCUCCCAUUCUUUAGAUGGCAUGUCCAUCAUGGGCCUCCUGCACUGCCACAACGAUGCCACCCGAAGGUUGCAGAAACAGCAACUCAUAUUCCGCCUGGGAACCCUGCAGCCAUAUGGUAUCAAUGUGGACUUCACCAGUUUCAAAAUCUCCCCUUCCCCUACUGCAUCCCUAAACCAGCCCAGUUCGUCCCCUCCCCCCACUGCACCACACAACCAGCCCAGCUCUUCCCCCCCACCCACUGCAUCCCAAAACCAGUCCAACCUGUCUCUGCCUCCCUAACCGGUUCUUUCUCUCACCAAUCCCUUCCUCCCACCCCAAGCCACACCCCCAUCUACCUACUAACCUCAUCCCACCUCCUUGACCUGUCCGUCUUCCCUGGACUGACCUAUCCCCUCCCUACCUCCCCACUUAUACUCUCUCCACCUAUCUUCUUUACUCUCCAUCUUCGGUCCGCCUCCCCCUCUCUCCCUAUUUAUUCCAGUUCCCUCUCCCCAUCCCCCUCUCUGAUGAAGGGUCUAGGCCCGAAACGUCAGCUUUUGUGCUCCUGAGAUGCUGCUUGGCCUGCUGUGUUCAUCCAGCCUCACAUUUUAUUAUCUUGAAAUAUAAAAUGAUUGCCCUCAGAUUAACACCAUUUCUCCCAUCUUUUCAAUUUCCUGUUGGAGUAGUCCAAUCUUACUCAUUCUUCUCAAUUCCAACCUUGGGUAAAUUUCAGUUUCAUUCUCCCCAUCUUUGGUGCAAUGACUUAAACAGCUAGAUUCAACACUCUUUAAAUACUUCUGCCACUGCCUCCUUUCUCUCUUUAAGGUCCUCAUUUAAAACAUUUGGCUGUCCUUCUUAACCCUUUGGAUUUGCAUCUUUUUUUCCUAAUGGAAUUGUUAUUGCAUUUUUUUACAUUCUUCCAUGUUGAGGGUACAAUAUAACUGCAAAUUAUAAUGCUCCUACAUGACUAGCGAAUGUUUGGUCAUAGUUCCUCAAGUUUUCUUUUAGCCAUUUAUGAAAAUGGUGAGAUCCAUUCUUUCAAUUGCUGAAAUGGUCAGCUUUUUUGGUUUGGCAUAGGAAAAUACUGAAAGUGUAUUCCUGGAAGUGAGUUAGAAUAGAAAUCUCUGCCAAAUUUCACCUUGAGCAACGUUAACUGACUACUUGCUGACCACACUUAGUGCAAAAUGUUAUAGUUGUGAUGAUGAAAUGACUGCUGUGGACCAUGUACAUCUCCAGAAAUAAGGUAAACUUAAUCUUCUCUAAAAGGGAUUGAAGAAACAGAAACAAUACUUUUCCACCACUUCUGCUGAAGGUAAUUCUCAAGAUAUUUAACACCAGAUUCCACGGUAAUGGGCAGAUUUCAUAUUUCAGGAUGUGCGCUGAAAAUGAGAUAAAUUCUGACUGUGACCGAAAUUGAAUAUUUUAACUAAAAUGUGCUGAAAAGAAGUCUUCAGUAAGUUUUUGGGCAGGGAAACAUUGAACCCUUGCUCAACCUAUUGAGCUUUAUUCCAGGCACAAGCUGUAGACUCUCACCUUGCUUGUUUGUGACUGGACUAUGAUUAAACAGUCAACUAAUGGAUUGUAGGAACUGCCGAUGCUGGAGUCUGAGAUGACAAGGAGUGGAGCUGGAUUAACACAGCAGGACAGGCAGCAUCAGAGGGGCAGGAAAACUGAUGUUUUGGGUCUGGACCCUUCGUCAGAAAUGGAGAAGGGGAAGGAGGUUCUGAAAUAAAUGGAGAAAGGAGGAGGUGGUGGUAGAAGUUGGACAGCAGAGCAUGUAGGUGGAGAGAAGACAGACAGGUCAAGGAGGCAGGAAUGAAGCUAGUAGGGGUGAGUGUCGGUAUGAAGUGGGAGUGGGGGUUGGUCAGUGAGGUGGGAGGAGAAGACGGACAGGUCAAGGAAGUGGGGAUGAGAGUGGGGGCUGGUCUUGGGAUGAGGUCGGGGGUGGGGAGGAAGCUCGUAAAGUCAACAUUGAGACCAUUGGGAUGUAGGGUUCCAAGGUGGAAUAUGAGGUGCUGUUCCUUCAAUUUCCGGGUGGCAUCAUUGUGAUACUGGAGGAGGCCCAGGAUGGACAUGUCUUCCAGGGAGUGGGAAGGGGUGUUCAAAUGGUUCAUGACUGGUAGGUGUUGUCAUUUGUCGCAAACCGUUUGUGGGUGCUCCCCGACAUAGUCUCCAAGCCUCCAUUUAAUCCCCCGAUGUAGAGGAUGUCAUAUCGGGAACAGUGGAUACAAUAGACCACAUUAGCGGAUGUGCAGGUGAACAUCUGUUUAAUGUGGAAAGUUUUCUCUUGGGGCCUGGGAUGGAAGUGAGGGGUGUAGGGUCGGAUUGCAGGUGGCGGAAAUGGCAGAGAAUGAUGGGAUAAAUCUGGAGGUUAAUGGGGUGAUGAGUGAGGACAAGGGGAAUUCUGUCUUUGCUUCUAUUGCGGGGAGGGGGUGUGAGGGCUGAGGUGUGGGGAAUGCAAGAGAUGCGGUCGAGGGCUGGGAUCUGGGAUGUCCGGGAGUGGAACGCUUCAUCUUGGGAGCAGAUGCGGCAGAGGUGGAGGAAUUAGGAAUAGGGGAUGGCAUUCUUGCAGGAAGGUGGCUGAGAGGAGGUAUAUUCUUGGUAUCUGUGGGAGUUGGUGGGCUUGAAAUAGAUGUCAGUUUCCAGGUGGUUACCAGAGAUGGAGACAGAGAGGUCCAGGAAGGAGAGAGAAGUAUCAGAGAUGGUCCAGGUUGGGUAGAAGGUGUUAGUGAAGUGGAUGAACUGUUCUAGCUGCUCGUGGGAGCACGAGGCGGUGCCUAUACAGUCAUCGAUGUAAUGGAAGAAGAAGUGGGGGAUGGGGCAAUGUAGCUGCAGAAGAGGGAUAGUUCCCUGGCUGUGGAAGAGGGUCUGCUCCACAACUAAGAGAGAGAGAUUCAUUAAAACAAUUGGAUAUUUGCCAGUUUGAAUGAGGUACUGUCGUAAAGGAGUUAUAAGUAAUAAUCAUUCUAGCGAAGUUUGGUGAUGUAUAGUCAUGGCGAAACUGGUUAAGAAACAGUAUUAAAAAUGGCAAAGAGCUUUGAGAACGCAAUUAUUUUGUUAUUGACGGAAACAUUGACAGCUUGAAAAAUACUUUUGUUUAUUGUAUAAUAGUGAUGAAAAUAUUUUGUUUUUAUUAAACUAAUUAAUUUUUUGAAGGUAAACAAAUGAUGUCAAAAUACUGUAACUCAAGU